AUGAAUAAUCGUUGGAUUACAAGAUCAAGAUCGUCUAAACCAAAUAAUUUUUUUACAAAAUGGAGAAUACUCUUUUGGAAAGAUAUACUUAUAAGAAAGCAUAGCAUAAUCAUCACCAUUUUGGAAAUUGUAAUACCUAUUAUUUUUUGUUUACAAAUUCGAUUAAUAUUCCAACCAUUACCUCUUCAUAUGAAGGAAUUAGAUAUGUAUACGAAAAAGGACAUAAUUGAUAAAUUACCACAUGAUGUAGAAUAUUGGUAUGCGCCACAAAAUGAUUUUACCGAUGAUUUGAUGUCACGUUCUUCACGUAUACUCAAUAUAAAAAUACAACCAGCUGACAGUGAAAAGAGUCUUAUUGUGUUGCAUUAUUCAAAAAAUAUAUCUACCAAAGCAUUAUGGGCAAUCUUUGAAGUAAACAAAGAUGGACGACCGAACACUUUAAAUUACAAAAUUCGUUCCUCAGAGAUCGGCGAAAGUAAACUUAUGAUGCACGAUGAAGAACCGUCUUAUAAAGAUCCUUACAUCUGGAGCGGUUUCAUGGCAUUUCAAAUGGCAAUUGAAAAUUCUUUUAUCGAUAUGUGGAAAAAUUCACAAAUUUCUCCUAUAGGAGAAAACUUGACAAUAACUCGUUAUCCUUAUUAUAAGAUUGAUUUUCUUAUAAUACAAAGUAUCGUUUAUCCGAAUAUUAAUGUUAUUUAUUACAUGACUGUGAUAGCUUUUCUUCUUUUACCAAUGGCAAGUCUGCAGAAAAUGAUUCACGACAAAGAAACUGGUUUCAGAGGUCUUAUGAGAUUAACAAAUAUGUCAUUUACCGUCAUGUAUCUCGGUUGGUUAAAUUAUUUGAUGAUUUCUUGUUUGCCAGUCGGAAUAGCAUGUACCAUAUUACUCUAUCCAAUAUUCAUGAAUUCUUAUUUAAUAACGAUUUUUCUUUUUAUUACCAUGUAUAUUAUUCUCUCGACAUUAGUUGUCUUUGCCGUUGGAACUUUCUUUCGAUAUUCAAUGAAAGCGAUAUUGAUAUCACUCUCAAUUUGGGUAUUUCUAUCUUAUUUUACUAUUGUUCUGGAUGAAUUCUUGGUAACAGCUUCUCUAACUUGGCGUAUUGUAUCGUUGAUUUUACCACAUAGUGGUUUACUUUAUGGAAUUGUGGCAUUCGCAUCUAGAACAGAAAUUGAUAAAUAUUUAUUAAAUUCAUUGAAAGAAUUUUUAAUUAUCAAUGGAACUCAAUCAUACAUUAAUUUAUCAUCCCCAAUAUCGACAAGGGAGAUCUCUGAGACAACAAACAAUGAAUACGAAAUUAUUUAUAUAAAAGAGAAAAUAUCUAUUAAUAUAAUUUUGAUAUCUUGGAUUCUGCAUAUUAUUUUUUGGUUAUCUCUUACAAUAUAUUUAGAUAACAUUAAUCCUGGUCAAUAUUGGAGUGCUAAACCAUGGUACUUUUUAUGUAAGAGAGCUCAUCCAAAAAAUAUAUAUUACAAGUAUAAAUUACGAGGUUCCACAAAUUGGUCAGCUGUGGAAAGAAUCCCAUCCUUCAUAAAGUCAUCAAUCUUAAUACGAUGUGCCACUAAAAAAUUCGGUACAUUUGGCAAUAGUUCUACAAUUCUGAACGAAGUUACCAUUGACUUUUAUCAAAAUGAAUUCAGUGUAAUACUUGGAAACAAUGGUUCUGGAAAGAGCACUCUAUUAAAACUUAUAACAGGAAUAUAUAGUCUUUCGGAUGGUGGUAUUUAUGUGCAAGGAAGAGAUUUCAAUGAGGAUAUAAAUAUCACAAAUUUCUUUGGUUACUGUCCUCAAGAGAAUAUUUUAGUCAAUUAUAUGACAACUGUUGAGCAUCUCUACAUAUUUGGAAUGAUGAAAGGAAUGACAUAUAAAGAUGCUUAUGCCAAUGCGUUGGAAUUAUUAAAAAAGCUUAGAUUAGAGUCUGUGAAGAAUAAAAAAUUAAAAGAUUUAUCUAAUGGCAUGCAAAGACGUAUUUGUCUGGGAAUGGCCUUAAUUGGAGAGUCUCAAGUAUUUAGAAAAAAGAAAUGAAUGAUU